UGUUUAUUAAAGUAUUAAGAAUAGCCGGUGUUUGCGAAAGAUUUUUGUGAGCAUUAAAAAUCGGCGUAAUUUACGUUAGUGUGUUAAAGACUAAAUGAAGAGAUAAAACCAUCAGAAAAUUUUGGAAGAUGUAGAAAGUUAGUGGUGGGUGCAUUACAUAUCAACACACAUGCAUGUAUUACAAAAAAAACACGUGUUUUAUGUGUAAAAUAUUAUUACUGGUAUUAUAAGCGUUUUAUUUUCGUCAGUCGGUUCUGUCGUACUGUAAAUUUUUGUCAAGAGGAAGCAUCUCUGAUAAAAAAGUUUAUUUGACUUAAGAUAUCGGUGGGUAGAACAAUUUCUAUGUAAUUUAUAUAAAAUGUUUUUACUGUACACGUGCUAAUUAAUGUGUUACUUUUUUAAAACGUGUAAAAACUAAUAAUAAUGGUUCAGAAAACAAACAGGAGAUACCUCUUUACUGCUGUCUGUGCAGGAAAUUUGGCUGCCAUGUCGGCUGGAAUAGUAUCAACUUGGACUUCCCCUGUGUUUCCAAAACUUAACAACGAAACCCAGCUGGCUAAUAACCCUUUGGGAUAUGUCAUAAAUACUCAGGAAGAGUCUUGGGUUGGAUCGAUGUUAGCUCUCGGAGCAGUAUUUGGUCCUUUGUUAGCAGGUUUUUCUGCUGAAACCAUUGGUCGAAAAUAUGCCCUUCUCUUGGUCUGUGGAAUACCAUUUUUGGUCUCCUUUGUUACUCUUUCCUUUGCCAAAACGAUCUAUGUAUAUUAUUUUGCGAGGUUCGUGGGUGGGAUGGCAAUGGGUGGCGUUUAUACCGUUCUGCCCAUGUUCAAUUGCGAAAUAGCAGAAGAUUCAAUUCGGGGUGGUGUCUCAUCGUCCAUGAACGUUUUUGUAACGAGUGGACAGUUACUUUCAUACCUAGUAGGUCCAUAUUUAUCUAUAAUGUGGUUUAGUUUGGUAUGCUCCAUCAUCCCAUCUCUAUUUAUUAUAUUCUUCUUUUUCGUACCUGAAAGUCCCUAUUUUCUGAUAGGUAAAGAGAGGGUGGAACAUGCUGAGAAAUCUUUACAGAAAUUCCGAAUGGACUCAAGUCCACUAAUAAAAGAAGAGUUGAAUAAUAUUAGACUAAAUGUGGAAGAUGAUAAAAAUAGAGAGGGUUCAUCUCUUGAUAUUAUCAAGUCCAAAGCUCUUCUCAAAGCUCUCUUUAUUGUGUUUUCAUUGAUGUUCGUCCAACAAGCUUGCGGAAUUAAUGCCUUUUUAACUUAUUCCGAAAGCAUCUUCGGUUCGACUGGGAGUAGUAUCUCCCCAGUGCUGUCGUCUAUUAUAAUAGGGAUUGUUCAAUUGCUGGCUAGUAUUGUAACACCCCUUAUUGUGGAUAAAUUUGGAAGGAAGAAGAUGUUUUUUAUAUCUGCCGUUGGGAUGAUGAUCGCAGAAAUCCCUUUGGGAUUUUAUUUUUAUCUCAAAGCUAAUAAAAGCGAAAUUUUGAAUGAUCUUUUUUGGUUACCGGUAGCUUGUUUGAUUAUAUUUUUUAUUUGUUAUAAUCUGGGAUAUGGGCCCCUACCAUGGACGGUAAUGGGUGAAAUAUUUCCAUCCAAUGUUAAAUCUGCGGCAUCCACAGCGUCUGCCGUUGUUUGUUGGGUGUUAGGCUUUUUGGUCGUAAAAUUAUUUUCUACGAUCUCGGAAGGGGUAGGUUUGGCCGGUACAUAUUGGAUUUUAGCAGGAUGCUGUUUUAUAGGAGUGUUGUUUUCAUGGUUCGUUUUAAUUGAAACAAAAGGAAAAACAUUUCAAGAAAUUCAAGAGAGUUUAAAUAAUUAACGUUAAUAAUUUUUUAAGUACAUGUACGUAACUGUGACAAUUUUUUUGUACUAAUAAAUUAGUUAAACAAUUA